AGCGGGAUUUCCCAUCGAAUGACUUCAUACAUGGAAUUCCUUAUGAAAGUGAAAACAUGAAAUAUCGAGACGAGCGAGGAAGAUACCGCAAAUUUGGUGAGAAAAAGAGGAGAAAUGAAGUAUCCAAGCGAAUAAUUAAUGAGCAUAAUUACACAAAUACUGGGUUAUGUAACGGUAGUGACUGCACAGCUACAAAUUGCAGCAACUUUCACUUUGAACUUGGCGCUAGUGUUAGCCGUGAUGGCUGGAGGGAAGGCAGACGUUUGAUUGAACUUGACAUUUUGUUGAACAAUUUAAAGUACUGUCGCUCUUGUAAGUUAGGACCUGUGCCGUUGACAGCUUAUAACGUGGUUGGUGAGUUGCAAAAGGGGCUUGGUGGAUAUUUAUAUGUGGUUUGCCAGAAUCCUGACUGCAACUUCGUCAACAGAGUGGCAUAUGGCAAAGUACACCGGAUGAAAACAAAUGGAAUGCCAUGUUUUGAUGUCAAUACUAAACUUGGUACAGCUAUGAUUGACAGUUUGGGCGGCCCAGUCCGUGUCAACAAUUUAUUAUCCACUCUAAAUGUCAAGCCUAUAUGUAACAGGAAUCUGAAGAAAAUGGAGGAACGUGCAGGCGAGGCCAUAGAGGCACAUUCUGUGCAUUCUACAAACCAAGCUGCUCUCCAAGCAUUUGAGAAAGAAAUUGAAGACAUUGCACAUCAAGAAUCAUAUGAGGCCCGGAAAUCAAUGGAAGGGAUGUUAUUGGAUGAUCUUGGGGUUUGUCCACUACCAGAUGAAUCACCAAACCUUCGUCGACUGUUACAAGAUACAUCAGUUGUUGAGGGGGAUUCAGAUUGGACUGAUGUUGAGUCUGAUACUGAAGAAGGAAAUGAUGGUCCAGCUGACAACAUUCAGAGCUAUAGACCUGUUACAGACGAUCCCUUCAGAACUCCAGAAACAAAUGGCAUACCACAGUCUGUCAGAAAAAAGACAAAGAAACACCAUAUCCAAGAUACAGGCUCUUCAAGCAGAAGAUGUUUGGUUAAGAAAUUCCCUUGCAAGACCAGAAAGGGGAUGAGUUGUGCUGUCGAUACUGCUUGGCAAAAAAAAGGCUUUGAUAGUUUAACCUCACACACGUUCUUUAUGAGCAAGGCAAAGUAUGGAAAGAAAGUUGUGAAGUCUGUUAUAAGUCAUAGGACAUGUGGUACAUGUAACUGGUGGAGACGAAAUAAGCCCGGUCAGCCUGUUAGACCUCACAAGUGUGUACGAAAUCAUACUGGAAGUGCCCGUUUGAUGGAGAGUGUCAGUGGAGAGAGGGGGGUAGCAGAACUUGCAGCAGAAGGAACGCCAGUCGAGUACAUUGAAGGCGAUGGUGAUAACACCCUGAUAGCUAGAUUAAAAAACAACAUGAACAUAGACAUGAAAAAAAGGUACGAUAGAAAUCAUGUGGUAAAAAAUGUAGGCAAACGUUUAUAUGCCUUACACAAUCAAAAGGAUGUUAAGUUAAGUAAGACUGUUAUUAUUCAUAUAGAGAAAUGCUUGAAAUAUGCAUUUGCCAGAAAUCAGGGUGAUAGUGAGGCUUUACGUGAGAAUUUGAAGGCUCUAAUUCCCCACCAGUUUGGAGAUCAUUCAUUGUGCAAUGAGAGGUUUUGUGUAUUCAAACGAAAGCCUGGUGAAGUGUAUAUACACAAAAGUCUACCGUACAAAAGAUCACUGAAGGAUGACACUCUUCGUGAAAAACUUCAGCAAAUAUUUGACCCAUUGGUAGCAAAUGCACGGCAAUAUGCUGAUUUAGGAUCCAGUCAGCAGUGUGAGCAUGCCAACAAAGAAGUCAGCCUCCGAGCACCCAAAUCACACCACUAUGGACAUUCUAAAUCCCUUGACUACAGAGUGCAUGCCACAGCCUCUUAUAUUAAUGACGGUAGACACUAUAUACCAGAGUUGACUGCUGUUCGUUUACUGUUACACAGUUGAUCUUCGGUACUAGGCCACUUUGGUUGCAGUUCUACAGAUGUUAUGACCAAUAUGAACCUUGGAUUGUCACCUGGAAGUCAUACCAUAAAGUACGCAGAUAAAUGUCUCAAGCGACGUCUACAGAAGCAGCAACGCCAACAACAACUUCCAUUUA